AUGACGGGUGGCUUUGGUCCGCUCGUGACAGAAGAUGGAGGUGCAGAUGACGCUCGCUGGAUCGGACAACCGCGUAUCAUUGGCCCCUCAUGGUCACGCUUACCCGCAAUUACGAUUGGCCUCCUGGGUGUCCAGCUCUCGUGGUCAGUCGAGAUGUCAUAUGCAUCCCCAUACCUUCUCUCUCUUGGACUCAGCAAAUCAUGGAUGGCCAUCGUCUUCAUAGCCGGCCCUCUCUCCGGCCUCAUUGUCCAGCCACUCAUAGGUGUGGUCGCCGACUAUUCAAAGUCUAGCUUUGGCCGCCGGCGUCCCUUCAUCGUCUGCGCAACCCUCAUCUGCAGCUUCGCACUUCUCCUCCUGGGCUUCACCCGACAUGUCGCCGCUCUAUUCACCUCAUGGAGGUCACACUCCAAUGAUGUCCUCACCAUCUGGCUCGCCGUCUUUGCCAUAUACUGCAUAGACUUUUCAAUAAACGCAGUCCAAGCCGUCGACCGCGCGCUUCUUGUAGAUACCCUCCCCACCUCGGACCAGCCCGGAGGAAACGCAUGGGCAGCACGCAUGCUCGCCGUAGGAAGCGUCGCUGGCUUCUACAUUGGUAAUAUCGACCUCACUCGCAUCUUUCCGAUACUGGGCGACGAGGAACUCGAGGUCCUCACCGCGCUUGCUGCCAUCCUGCUCCUCGCCACCCAGGCCAUCACGUGCUUCUGCACCAAGGAGCGCGUCCUGGUUUCCUCCCCCUCGAAACGCAAGAACUUCUUUGCUGAGCUGAAAGAAAUAUGGGAAACGAUAUUUACCCUCCCGCAAACGAUCAAGAGCAUCUGCGUCAUCCAGUUCUGCGCAUGGUGCGGCUGGUUCCCGUACAUGUUCUACACGACCACCUACAUCGGCGAGCUGCACAAGCAGGCGCACCCCGUCCCGCUCAGCGACGAAGUUGCCGUCGCCGCCCUCAACGCAGAGGCGACCCGCUUGGGGACGCGCGCGAUGUUCUACAGCGCGCUCGUCUCGCUUGCCGCGAACGCCGUUCUGCCGAUGCUGAUAAAAGAGAGGAAGACGUCGGGCAGGUACGGCUCACCGCCGCCGCGGAGGUCCUGGCUCGACCGGUUCAAGGUACACCUCGCGAGCCUCUGGGCGUUCUCGCAUCUGCUGUUUGCAGUGUGCAUGGCUGCGACUCUAUUCACUUCUAGCGUCGCAGGCGCCACGUUCAUCAUGUCCCUCGUUGGCUUCUCGUGGGCGUGCACCCAGUGGGCCCCAUUCGCACUUCUCGCAGAAGCGAUCCUCGCGCACCCCGGCGCAGACGACGCAGAAGACGACGACGAAGCCCCCUCGGCGCUCCAGCAGCACCCGCACCCACACCAGCAUCUGGACAAAGACGAUGUGUCCGGGCACGAUUCAGACGAGGAUGGCGAUGGCGACGGCGAUGGGAACGCGGAAGCGAGGCGGCUGAUGGGCGCGCACGAGCGCGGGCGGCAGGACGGGCCAGCGGGGACCGGGCUGAUGCGCAACGUCUCGGCGCGGGAGAGCGGGUUCGAUCUGCACGAGGGCGGCGACGUCGAGGACGGCGUGUCGCGUUCGCGGCAGGGCAACAACCCGCAGGGGCUGAGCGCCAAGGCGGGCGUCAUCAUCGGCAUCCACAACAUCUCGCUCGUCAUCCCGCAGUUCCUCGUCACCGGUCUGUCGUCGAUCAUCUUCGCGCUGUUCGACUCGGGCAACGACGUGCACGGGCACUCGACGCACCACUUCGUGAACGGCACGGACACGGAUGUCGGCGCGGGUGGAGGCGAUGAUCUAGCGCGGCUCGCCGUGCGGGCGUUGACGGCGAGACAAGAGGGCGAGGAGACGACGGCGACGGAGGGGCCUAAUGCUGUUGCGAUCAUAUUCCGGCUCGGCGGCGUUGCAGCAGCGGUCGGCUUUGUUCUCGCCUGGAGACUCGCUAGAGAACUCAAGCGCACUGGUAGCUGA